AAAGAUUGCGGACGUGUGUGACGGAAUAUAAAUACGGGAUAAAAAGAAGCACUGCAAAUGCACUUAAAUUCCUUUAAUCUAUAAGCGCCGCAUAUUCUACAUAUAUUAGUCUACUUAAGUGAUACGCGAAUAAAGUGCACUUAUUGAUAAAUUGCAAAACUGUACGUGAACAGAAGCGGGCGGAUUUAAAUCGAUUUGAAACGUUGCCAAAGUAUUUUGGGCGACCGCAUAGAAAUCUUGCCACCAACACAUUUUCGCAUCUCCACUUCCCACUGCUUUCGUCAAUCGCGUGUUCGCGCGUCUCUACCUACAUUAGUGUGUGUUGGUGUGCAAAAAUAUUUUGCCGCGUUGUUUUGCUGCCACAUUCAUUGCCAUUAUAAUAAACUCUGCAAAACUUUCAACGGGUUUUUGUUAGUGUUGUUGCUGAUUUUCCAUACAUUGGGUGUGUCGGUGCUUGUGUGUGUGUGUGUGUGUGUGUAGAAGAGUGCAAGUGGAAGGCACGUGAAUGUCGCACAAACAGCAACAGUCAUAUAAAAAGCUACCCACCGAAGCUAUGGACAAUCCGGCGAUGAGCAACAGCAGCAGCGGGAGUGGCAGCCACGUUGAUGUAGCCACAUCAGACAGACUGCCUCCGACAAACUCGUCACAACAAUUGGUCAGUUCAUCAGACUCCGACAGCAUAGAGGAGCGCCCCUUACGAGGAGCUGUAGACGGAAUUGACACAGUACCAGCAACAAUGGUCCGAUUUUCGAAUGUUGGUCGCUCACAGUGGUUCACAGUUACGGUUUUAUGUUUCGUUAAUCUUAUUAACUACAUGGACCGUUUCACAAUUGCGGGCGUGCUCAGCGAUAUACAGAAGGAUUUUGAAAUAGCUGAUGAUGCUGCCGGCCUGCUACAGACAGCGUUUGUCAUCUUCUAUAUGGUGUUUGCGCCCUUAUUCGGUUACCUGGGCGAUCGCCACUCACGCCCCUGGAUAAUGGCUGUGGGCGUGGCAUUGUGGUCGACGACGACACUACUCGGCUCCUUCAUGCCCAACUAUGGCUGGUUUAUCACGUUCCGCGCCCUUGUCGGCAUCGGAGAGGCCUCGUACAGCACGAUAGCGCCAACAAUUAUCUCCGAUAUGUUCGUGAACGAUAUGCGCUCAAAAAUGCUGGCCCUGUUCUAUUUUGCCAUACCAGUGGGCUCAGGUUUUGGUUACAUAAUCGGUUCAAAGACCGCCACCUUGGCCAACAAUUGGCGCUGGGCGUUGCGGGUGACACCGAUUUUGGGUAUUGCAGCUGUGCUGCUUAUAUUGCUCAUCAAGGAUCCCGAACGUGGCGCCAGCGAAGGAUCCCACAACAUGGAGACCACCAGCUAUAAGGAUGACCUCAAGGGCCUGGUCAAGAAUCGCUCCUUCAUGCUCUCCACAUGCGGUUUUACCUGCGUGGCGUUCGUCACAGGCGCAUUGGCCUGGUGGGGACCCAGCUAUAUCCAUCUGGGCAUGAGCAUGCAACCCGGCAACGAGGACUUGCAAGUGGAUGACGUUGCAUUCAAAUUUGGCGCCAUUACCAUGGUUGCGGGACUGUUGGGCGUACCCCUGGGCUCGUUCUUAUCGCAAUUCCUUCACAAGAGAUAUCCAUCCGCCGAUCCCGCAAUUUGUGCCUUCGGUCUUCUGCUGAGCGCGCCGCUGCUGACCGGUGCCUGCCUUAUAACGAAUCAUUCCACCGCUGGCACAUAUAUUUUGAUAUUCUUUGGUCAGUUAGCUUUAAAUUUGAACUGGGCAAUUGUUGCGGACAUUUUGUUGUACGUUGUUGUGCCAAAUCGUCGUUCCACGGCCGAGGCCUUCCAAAUUCUUAUCUCACAUGCCUUCGGAGAUGCCGGAAGUCCUUAUCUGGUGGGAGCGAUAUCGGAAGCUAUCAAGAAGCAGUUGGUGGGUAAUGCGCGAGAAGACAAUCGCCUCGUAAGUCUCGCCCUUACGGCAGUGAACGAGACAAGCCAAUUAUUGAGCAAUGGUACGGAAAGAGCGAUUAUCAACUUGCGGGAUGAUACGUCGGAGUACUCGAACAAAAUCAAAUUCGAAGGCCUGCAAUAUGCGCUCUUCUCCACGACCUUCGUUGAGGUUCUCGGCGGCAUUUUCUUCCUGUUGACCGCCUGUUAUAUAAUUAAGGACAAAACCGCUGCCGUACGCGCUGUCGCCGCACACCAUUUGAGAGCAACAUCGCCAUCGCAUAACAAAAACGAUGUCGAAUCCAUUGAUUCUGAUAGUCUAGUUAUAUGCACGGACAUAGCAUUACGCGUUCGUAAAUAGCUCGGUGUUUUUAUUUUUAUUACUUUGCUAGAAUCUAAUGAUCAAGAAGGGCAGAAUCCGCGAAGCGCUCGAAACGAGAUUGCCUAAUACCAAGCGAUAGAAGAAGUUUAUCGGCGCACUCCGGGCGAUUCGGAUUUCGGCUUGGGUGACCUGAUACUGACUGAAAAUCAUCUAUAAUUAUACAUAUACCAUUUACGCAUACUUCAUAUAUACUAUACAUACAAUACAGAGUAGAUAAGUAGCCUAAGUGGUCUUCUAAGUAACUCAAGUGUAACCAAGCCGGGGAUCUAUACUUUAAACUUUGUAUGUAAGGGCGCAUGUUCCUAUUAGGAAAGUGACAAGAAACAUCUUCAUCGUGUACAUAAGAAGCUUUGGAGCCACAAGUCAUGUAAACAUACUAGAACACUACCUAUUAAUGCACACAUAGUUUCUAGACUAGUUAUAAUUAAUUCUAAACGGGAAAUUCAAAAUCAUUUUCAAGUAUUUCUUUAUCUGGCUCGUCUAUAGCAAUUGUAAAUAAUACAUAUAGCACAUAAAUUAAUUUUAUUCGCACCGUGUAUCUCAGUGUAUGACAUGUAAAUAUUAGCUCGAGCUAUUGUAAAAGUGCUUUAUUAACCAGACAUAAGCUCUAUAUAUAUUUAUGGGUAUAUAUAACAUAUAUAUAAUUAAACACAUUAUCUUGUAACUGUAGUUAGAGCGUUUAACAAAUUGAAUGAAAGAAAACACAAAUUCAUGAAAUGUUUAUUGGAAAAUUAUACAGCUUUUACGCAAUUUCGGAGUUUUUGUUAACUAGAACUUUUAUUACUACAUUGUUGUUAGCCACUUCGUAUAAAUGAAUUCGAUAACAAGACUGCAAUUAACACAACUGUCUAAUCAAAAGUUUUGGUGCAAGACCUUAAACGCCUAUAGAUUAUUAACGAAAUUGAACACAGCAAGAAGUGAAGAAAUGUAUUUUGAAUGAAUGAACAUGACAUUAAAAUAUUUUUCAAAUAAA